AUGUCGCCAGCUGCGAUCACGACCGAGGAGCCUGCUCCCGAGGUGAAGCCCUCUACUACUAGUAAUGGAUCUGCGCCUGGCACUCCGGCGGCGCCCGCGUCCUCGUCGAAUGCAGCGAGCGCCAGCAGUAGCAGCAGUGCUGCGGCGAUCCUCAAGGAGCGCAGGUUCAAGCUGAGGCGUGCGACCGUUGUCGGCGGCGACGGAUCAAGUGCGAUGAAGGUCAUCCUUGCCAGUCGUGUCUGA